GGAGCAGUAUGAGAGCUGCAGACAGUGUGCAGAGGCUGGAAGCGCAGCAGCUGUUGUCAUACUGCAUGGAACUAGCAUCUACCGUUUCAUUUAAUGAACCUUUUUAGGACUUUACGGCAAUAUUUGACGUGACUGUGUUGGAUUUAAGAAUGAGCAAAAGGGGGAGGAGACGAAGUAGCAGGAGGAGGAAGAGCUCCAGCAGCAGUAAACGAAGUUCCUCCACAUUCAUCUUUCAAACCCAUAGCAACAGUACCACUGUCAGCUAUGAAAAGGACACACCUGAAAAGCAUGAUGAAAACCCUCUCCAAAAGAAAAAUGUUCUGUCCGAAUUUGAAGAUCAACAACAUGGCCAUGCUCCAUCCAGCCAAAAACGAUGUAAACAAGAUUUUAACAUGGCUGCAUUUCAGGAACAAAGGAGUAUUUAUACAAAAACCACGGAGGUUGAAGAGAAAGGAGUGAAGAUAGUAACGUCAGUGUCAAUCAGUGACAUGGAAAAGUCCUCCCAAAACAUCAAGUUCCAACAGCCACAUGAGCCCUUAUCUGAAAAUCCAACCAUCUCAUCUACUACAGGAACAUAUGUCUACAAUGUUAACUGCUCUGAGUCACAAGUGAAGGUUGAAAUCCAAGAGAUUCUACAAGGGAAGCCAUAUGGUAUCAAGACUACAUGUGUUUUUAUGAAUGAAAACAACGGUUCUGAGAUGAUUAUCAAGCGGGAAUGUGAGGGAAUUCAGAUGCCUGACUUUCAGCCAUUGGAGCACAAUGGAAAUCAGGAAAUAAAUUACAGAUUUACAUUUGGCAGCAUGAGUGAACAGCCAAAGGAUCAAAGUGAUUUGAGAUCUGUUUGCUCAUCAAACGUAUGCGGCGAUCCAAGUUACUGUCAUUGUUGCAGUGAAUAUAUCCAACAGAACCUAGCUAAACAUUUAUCGGGUCCACCAUUACAGCCGGACAUUAAUCCUCAGGCGAAGGACAAAGAUGCCUACUGUGGGGAUCACUUCUGCCAUAUUUCAACACCCCGAGUCUUUGCGGACGUGACAUACAAAACUUUAGAGGACCUAACAAAUGACCUAGCUUCCUGUGGGAUAGGAGGUCCAGCAGAAUCCGUAUCCCCAUUUUCUGUACUGGAAAAGGAAAGAGAAGAUAUAAACUGUUCCUUUGAUCAGUUCUCAGAAUCAGAUAACUAUGAGCCCAUGUUCAUGAGGCCCUCCAAGUCUACCAACAGGCCCAGCUUUAUCAAAGAUUUCAUCUACUGCCAGAAGAGAAGGUCCUGGAUCAGAAACAACAGCAUUGCCACCGUGGAGCACAAAGAAUGUUUGUUACUGAAGAAAAGACGGCAGACGUUUCCUGGGACACCACUCGGUCCAGAACUGAUACAUGAGGAUAUUCUGUUGCCGUACGAAUCGUUUUCUUCUUUCGUCAUGUGCUCACUUCCUUUCCAAACUGAGAGGCUUGGAAGAAACAAACAGUUUGAUGACAGGUUUCCUACAUUUGGAAGAAAAGAAUAUGUUUCUUCACAAAGUAGAGAGAGUUGUAAAACUAGCUCAGACAGUUCAGAAACUAAUGGAGAACUUACAGGCACGGAGCUUGACAAAGAAAUGAGCUCAGAAUUUCAUGAGGAAGAAAUUAUUCAAGGAGGCCUUGCUAUACAGGUUAUUACUCCAUCCUGCAGUGGCUCAGAGGAACAGAUCCUACAGACGGAUUCUACAGUGUUUGUCAAGGACAAAGAUGAGAAAGGUUUCACACAAAAAGAUUCUGAUUCAGCUUUACUAGAACAUAGUAACUGCCCGACCAUGACAGUACCUGUUGAUGCUCUUCAGCAUAAUUUUCUGCAGAUAGAUUCAACAGGUAGUUGUAGAAGAGAUUGUUUGCAAAAAUCUAUUGCCUCAGACAACCUUUUCAUGUCACCAUCAGAGGAGACAGACAAUUCCUUAAAUAAACACAAUGUUGCCAUGGAAAUUGAGCCCAACUCGACUGAACAGUCAGUUAGCAACUCUUCAUUUCUGCUUAUGACUGGUGAGAUGAACAAUAAGAAGGUGCCUAAAGAAAGAAAUCCAGAAGAUUCCAACAAAGAUGCAAAUAGUUUAUUAUGUGUUAUCAAACCAUCUACAGACAUAGUAUCGAAUGCAAGGAAGCUGCAAGUUAAAGCUGACAAGGCAGAGAAACCCACUGUGUACAGAUCUAAUUCAGAAGCUAAAGAGCAUCUAAGGCCUGCAACCAGAGAUGGCACAGACCACUGGGCCAGGAAGAGAAAACUCUUCAAGGAGAACAGGAAGUGGAGUUCUGCUGGUGGAAGUUCAAUUACCAGUGAUAUUACAGAGGAAUCAGUAUCAGAGGACACACUUUCUACAAAUGUGACAGUUCAGGACAAUGAAGACACAGGAUUUUACGCAGAGACAUUCCACUCUUCAGCAUGGAUUUACCAAGGGGACGACAUAGGCUCAGGCGCCAUCUGUCCCAAUAUCACAGUCAGAACACGAGCUGUCUCAAUUCGAGAGAGGACUGUUCAAAUCAGCAAAGGGGCAGGAGAAUAUCCCUGGGGCUUUCGAAUACAGUUUUCCAAACCUAUUGUUGUAACAGAAGUUGACACAAAUGGAGCAGCUGAGGAAGCAGGGCUAAUAGUAGGGGACUACGUUCUUGCCGUUAAUGGAAUUGACGUUACCAGCAUUCCUCAUUCUGAGGCAGCUAAUUUAGCAAGACAAGGUCCAGAUAUUCUAACACUGACUAUUGGAUCAGACAUUGCUCGCGGUCCUAACACACCUAGGCCACCAUGUCGUGGUUACCUCCACAAGCGAACCCAGUCUGGCCUGAUUAAAGGCUGGAGGAAGAGGUGGUUUGUUCUCACACAUGAUUGCUGCCUGUACUACUACAAAAAUAAACGAGACGAAGGCAAAUGGCAGCCUUUAUCAUCAGUAAAGCUUGAAGGGGCUGAGGUCGGGCCAGUGGGUUCCCUGGGAAAGCCAUUCGUUUUCAGGUGCAGCCCUCAGUCUGGCAGUCGGGUGUACUUUCUCUGUGCGACUUCCAAUCAGGAAAUGAAAAGGUGGUUGGAAGCUAUGGAAAGAGCUAUUCAUCCCAUCACACAGAACCAUGUGUGGGUUGACGUCACGAGACACAACUCUGAUAUGCCACCGCUGGCAGUGAAAAACCCAGACUGUCUUGGAUUGCUUAACAAAAUGGACAAAAGUAAAGACACAUGGAUACAGCACUACUGCAUUCUGAAAGAUGCUUGUCUUUACUUGUACAGCGGCAUUCGGGCAACCCAUGCACAUGGGGGGAUCUACCUUCAGGGUUACACAGUGCGGGAGCAGGCCUAUGGAUCCAAAAAGUCCACAAUUGAACUGAAACCUCCAUCUGAUGAGUUUAAGACCUUCUACUUCUGCUCUGACAAUUCGGCUGAAAAUAAACGAUGGAUUUUAGCUAUCAAAGCUUCCAUAAAGAAGUGGCGACCAUUUUACCAGGUCCUUCAGGACUAUAUAAACCUACCACCAGAAGAAACCAGAAUGUGAGGAACAGCUGAGCUCUGUAAAUAUUAACAGCAGUCUCACUCAGCCUGUGGACCCAGUUGAGCUUCCAGUAUGAGGGUGACUUCACCGUUUCCACCAUGCUGCCACUCUGAAGAUGGUGUUGCUUAGAAAUGUUCUUACAGUUGAAACUUUCUUCCAUCCAUAAACAAGGUGUCAAAUCAGAAUUGAGAAUCGUAAAUAAAAGUUGAUUUUUGUUUUGCUCUUAA